CCACCCAGAAAACCCCUCUUCAAAACCCUAACACCCAAUUCCACCGCCUUCCACACCAUGGCCGGAGGAGCAGGCGGCGGAGCUCUCAACACCCAAGCGCUCUCUCUCCUCGCCGCCGUCAACAACCACGGCGAUUUGGCUGUCAAGCUCUCCUCUUUAAAACAGGCCAAGGAUUUGCUCCUCUCCAUCGACUCCUCCUCCGCCGCCGACCUUUUCCCCUACUUGGUCGAGCUCCAGUCCUCCCCCGAAACCCUCGUCCGCUUAUCUCUCAUCCAGGUGAUCGAGGAGAUUGGCUUGAGAGCGAUGGAGGAGUCAUCUGUACUGAUGUCUGUCCUAUUGGCGUUUUUGAGAGACAGUGAUUCUCUUGUCGCAAGGCAAUCUAUAGUUAGUGGCACGAAUGUUUUUGUCGGUGUCUUGGAGGAGUUGACGUUGCAGUUUCACCGGAGGGGUAAAAUUGAGAUAUGGCUUGAAGAACUUUGGUCGUGGAUGGUUAAGUUCAAGGAUGCUGUAUUCACCAUUGCAGUACAGCCUGGUUCUGCUGGAACAAAGUUGCUCGCGUUGAAAUUUUUGGAAACAUAUGUUUUGCUAUUCACAUCAGACACCGACGAUUCUGAAAAACCUAUCGCAGAAGGAUGUAGAAGAGGUUUCAAUAUUUCGUGGCUGGUUGGGAGACACCCUAUUCUCGACUCGUACAUGCUCAUGUCAGAAGCAAAUAGGGCUCUUGGAAUUCUAUUGAAUUUGUUGCAGUCAGCUGGUAGUCUUCGGGGUUCCUUGACAAUUGCCAUUGUUAAUUGCAUGAUGACCAGCUCUCUUAUGAGGAAGUAAUGGCAUUGGAUACUGCUGCAUUGGGUGGUUCAGAUAAUGGCAGUUACAGGACUAGACACGUUAAAAUUUGCAAAUUGUAUGGUUACUGUGGAGCACC